AUGAUAGAAGUACAAUCAAAUGAAAAUUUAAAUCCAAACUAUUUCAGCAAGCUCGAUGUUCUUGCUGAACUAGCAUCGAGUCAAAAACCGAUUGUUAAUGAUUCAUCAAUAAAACAAGAAUUUGAAACAUCAAAUGAUGAAACAAAUCUUUCUUUAUCAAUAUCAUCAUCAUCAUCAUCAUCAUUAUUAUUGAAUUCAAGUAUUAAAAGUGAAGGAGCAAUAUCAACAAAUGAAAAUACUAAUACAUCAUUAUCACCAACGUUUGUUCUUAAAACAACACAAAAAGGUAAACCAUGUAUUUUACUUGAUGGUCAUAGAUAUAAACAUCGACGUGAUAAUCUCGAUGGUUCAAUGUCUUGGACAUGUACACAUGAAUUAUGUAGUGCAAGUGUACGAACAUUUGGUGAACGAGUAGUACGCCGUAAUGAUGAUCAUUUACAUGGACGUACAUUACGUGUUGAUCCGCAACAAGAAUUUUUAUCACGUUUAAAAAAACGUGCAGCUGAAGAUACAGUUACAAUUCCAAGAAUCUAUGAUGAAGAAUUAGCUCGAUCUGUUGAUGAACAUUCACCUGAAAUACGUUCACAUUUACCAUCAUUUUCAUCGGUUAAAUCAACAUUAUAUCGUCAUCGACAACGUGGUCAACGUAAUCAAGCAUCAAAAUUAAUUAAAACUGAAUUGAAUAUUGAUUGUAAAUCUUCAUCAAUAAAUUCAACAACAAAUACUAGUGGAUGGAAUACAUUACCACCAAAGAAACGUCCAUUAACAAUCAAUGUUGAUUGUUUACCAACACCAAGUCCAUCAUCUUGUUGUUCUUCAUCAUCAUAUUCUUAUUUAUCAUCAGAAAGUCAACAUGGUGAAAAACGAAGAAAAUAUUCAUCGUCAUCUUCAACAACAUUCACUGAAGAUAACACGAAUAACACGAAUAAUAACAAUAAUAAUAAUAAUAAUAACAAUACUAGUGCUCAGAUGGCUGUUGCCGCAGCACUUGAAUCUCAACAAUUGAUUGCUAAAUUUCUUUCCAAUCCAUAUAAUCUUCUGUUGGCACAAAAUUAUUUUGCUAAAUAUUCAACAACAUUUGCUGAUAAUCCACAUUUUAUGCUUAUGCAUGCAUAUGCGUUAGUAUUAUCUAGUCUUCAACAACAACAACAACAACUUAUGUGA